AGGAUCCCCUUGACACGAUGGCUUCCUGACAGAAGUCUACUUCGGGCUAGGCCGUAUCUGUUCCCUAAAGUCACUUGAUCUGUCACCAUGAAGCUUCUGUGGGCUUCGACCAUAUUUACCUUUUUGGCGAUAUCUUCAGCCAUACCGAAAAAGGCUUCCAGGGAAAACAUAGGUCCUUCGCCAUCAAAGCCGCUCAGAAAAUAUGAAAGUGGAUUACUAGCCAGCAUUCUUUUAGAACUAUAUGCCACGCGACAGGAAGAACACAAAGAAGGGAAACCCGAUGAAAACGUCCGAACUGGUCUUCCAAAAUUUAGACCCGAAAGGAAAGAAAACGAUGAGAAUGUCUUAGAUAUAGCUUCUUGAGAAGCUCCUGAGGAACUGUCAAAGAAGUACAGGCUUCGAAUGUCGGAAAAUUCACCGAAGGAUAGUCCCUCAGAUAUUGCUUCCGGAGAAGCUCCCGAGGAACUGUCAAAGAAGCACAGGCUUCGAAUGUCGGAAAAUCCACAGAAGGAUAGUCUCUCAAAUAUUGCUUCCGGAGAAGCUCCCGAGGAACUGUCAACGAAGCACAGGCUUCGAAUGUCGGAAAAUCCACAGAAGGAUAGGCUCUCAGAUAUUGCUUCCGGAGAAGCUCCCGAGGAACUGUCAAAGAAGCACAGGCUUCGAAUGUCGGAAAAUCCACAGAAGGAUAGGCUCUCAGAUAUUGCUUCCGGAGAAGCUCCCGAGGAACUGUCAAAGAAGCACAGGCUUCGAAUGUCGGAAAAUCCACAGAAGGAUAGGCUCUCAGAUAUUGCUUCCGGAGAAGCUCCCGAGGAACUGUCAAAGAAGCACAGGCUUCGAAUGUCGGAAAAUCCACAGAAGGAUAGUCUCUCAGAUAUUGCUUCCGGAGAAGCUCCGGAGGAACUGUCAAAGAAGCACAGGCUUCGAAUGUCGGAAAAUCCACAGAAGGAUAGGCUCUCAGAUAUCGCUUCCGGAGAAGCUCCUGAGGAACUGUCAAAGAAGCACAGGCUUCGAAUGUCGGAAAAUCCACAGAAGGAUAGGCUCUCAGAUAUUGCUUCCGGAGAAGCUCCCGAGGAACUGUCAAAGAAGCACAGGCUUCGAAUGUCGGAAAAUCCACCGAAGGAUAGGCUCUCAGAUAUUGCUUCCGGAGAAGCUCCCGAGGAACUGUCAAAGAAGCACAGGCUUCGAAUGUCGGAAAAUCCACAGAAGGAUAGUCUCUCAGAUAUUGCUUCCGGAGAAGCUCCCGAGGAACUGUCAAAGAAGCACAGGCUUCGAAUGUUGGAAAAUCCACAGAAGGAUAGUCUAUCAGAUAUUGUUUCCGGAAAUGCUUCUGAAAAGGCUCAGAGAUUGUCAAAGAGAGAAAGACUGAUACUAUCUUGGCUCAGAGGGUAGUGUCAUAUACAUGUCUUGCGGAAGUGCUCCACAGGAACUGUCAAAAGGAACAAAGCUUGCGAAUAUUUUGAAAUCCACCGAAAAAUAAUCUCAGAGACAUUUCUUAGGGACUUAAACCUCCUUAUAAAACAUUUCUUGUCUCGCCAAUUUGUUACCUAUUUUUCUUUUUAAUUUUUCGAUACAAUAAUUAGUUGUUCUUAUUUAUUUAAUACUUCAUACUGUUUACUUAAAAAAUAGGAAGCAAAUCAAAUGUGCUGAUGAUGAAUUUCAUGAAUUUCGUGGUUUUUUUUCUUUCUUUCAUUUGUGUUUCAAAAAUAAAUAUGAU